AUGGCUUCUUCAUGGGAUAAUCGAGUUGCAUUCGUUGUUAGAUAUUUAUACGAUAUCGACUGCAAUGGUUACUUAGACGCGCACGACUUCCACUGCUUGGCGCUGCGGUCAUGUGUGCUGGAAGGAAAGGGCGAGUGCAGCAAAGCUCGCCUGCAGAAGUACCAGCACAUCAUGCUCAGCCUCUGGGAAGAAAUCGCCCAGCUGGCUGACUUCGACAAGGAUGGUAUAGUAACAGUGGACGAAUUCAAACAGGCGGUUAUGAAUUGCUGUGUAGGCCGCCGAUACGAAGAUUUUCCGCAAGCAAUGAGAGCAUUUAUUGAAUCAAAUUUCAGACUGAUUGAUCUCAAUAACGACGGAAUUUUAGCUUUAGAAGAAUACAGAUACGACUGCGUGCAAAGGAUAGUAGUUGAAGACAUCAAAAUCAUUGACGAGGCGUACUAUUCCUUAUUAAAUGAUGAUGAUCGAAGAAGAGGUGGCAUUACGCUGACUCGAUAUCAAGAACUGUUCGCCCAGUUUCUCGGUGACCAAAGUGACGACUGUCCAGCAAAACAUCUGUUCGGACCCUUAGAACUAUAA